UUUCCUUUUGUUCAUUCGUUAUUUUCACAAACAUCCGGUUUUUCACGUGAGCGUAAAAAUGUAAAUAAGGAACAUCGCUGGCUUGGUCUCCGUACAUCGCAUGAAAAUAAACAACUGAUGAUAACUGUUCAUUGAAGACAUGGGGCCUAAAAAAUACACUCAAGAUGAAUUUGCUAAAGCCUUAAGACAAAUUAGAAAUGGAUGCUCAAUUUCAAGUGUUUCUAAAUCAACUGGGAUCCCGAAGCAAACUUUAUAUGAUCAUUCAAAAGGCAAAUACAAGAACAAAAUCACACAGAUGGGUCCAAAUAGAGCAUUGACUGAAAGUGAAGAGAAAGCCUUAGUAAAUUAUUCUUUGUAUAUGUCUGACAGGGGCUAUCCCUUGACUAGAAGUAUGAUUAGAGCUUUUACAAGGGCAAUUAUCAAAAAGUCUGGCAGAGAUACUAAAAUUAACAUGCUUAAUGGUCCUUCCCAUGAAUGGAUAAGAACAUUUCUAAAAAGACAUCCAGAAUUGUCAGAAAAGCACCCUGAUGUUUUAGUCAGAGAUAGGGCACAUGUUACAAAUAAAGAAAUUACUGAAUACUUUAAUCUGUUAGAUAAAGUUCUUACAUCAAAAAAUCUUCUUGAUAAGCCACAAUGCAUAUUCAAUUGUGAUGAAAGUGGUUUCAGUGCUAGAGAAAAAUUUAGAGGCAAAGUUAUCAGUCGAAAAGGCAAGCAUUCAUACCAGCAAGUAGUUAAAUUCACAGGUCAUACUACAGUUCAUCUGGCAAUAUCUGCUGCAGGUAAAGUCAUUCCACCUUGCAUUAUAUAUGAGAAAACACUGCCACGUAAUUGCGACUUUGCUCCCAAAGAAUACCGACUAUCUGCAACUCAGAAUGGUUACAUCAACAUGAAAUUGUUCUUCGAGUGGUUCCGUGACAUAUUUGUACCCAACUGUGGGUCUCAACGUCCAGUUCUUCUAACUAUGGACAAUCAUGCCUCACACUUUUGCCCUGAUUUGGUAGAUCUUGCUAUUGAGGAAGGUAUUGAACUUUUGUUUUUGCCUCCUCAUGCUACUCACUUGCUAGAACCUCUGGAUAAAGGUUUCUUUCAUCUUCUGAAAUUGAAGAUGGCAGAAUCAGCUUUAUCAGUUGGCUAUGCUGGGGCCCGUGUAGUGCCAAGAGAUAAAUUUAACAUUUCUAGUAGUGGUGAAAAUCCAUUGGAAGAAGAUGAAUCUUGUCAAGAAUGUGGAGGACAUUCUGUUACAAACCGUCUUGUAAAAUUAGGUAUUGUCCCUGCAGAUUUGGCACAUAUCCUUGUUGAACCUCCACUUGUCAAAUCUAAACAAAAAAGAAAAAGAAUUGAAGGUGCAAGGUGGAUCACGAUUGCAGACCUGAAUUCAUCCGAAUCUCAGAGUGCCUCAACAUCCUCAGCAACAGCUGAAAUACAUAUGGAGACAAACUCCGAUUGUGAUUACGUUGAUGAUGGUAUUGACUGUUCAAUAUGCAAAUUAAUGGACAUGGGCUUUUUGGUAGGAUGUGACAACAUCAUAUGUGAUAGGUGGUUCCAUUAUGAAUGUUUACCAAGUAGUCAACAAACUCUUGUUGACUUGAGUCUGGUUACAAAGGAUGAGUGGCUUUGUGAAAUGUGUCAGGAAGAAUAA